AUGUUUUUUGAUGGGGUAGUGAAUGUAUAUGGUAACGGGGCCGGUGAGGUAAUAAUCUCUCCUAAUAAGAAACAGUAUCCUGUUUCGGUUAAACUGCACUUCGAGUGCACCAACAAUACAGCUGAGUAUGAAGCUUGUAUCCUUGGUUUAGAAGCAACAUUAGAGCUAAAGAUAAAGAAGAUAGAUGUAUAUGGGGACUCAAUGUUGAUUAUCUGUCAGGUUAAAGGGGAAUGGCAGACCAAGGAAGAAAAGUUAAGGCCCUACCAGGAAUACCUAUCCACACUAGCAAAGGAAUUUGAAGAGAUUAGAUUCACCCAUCUAGGAAGGGAGGGGAACAAUUUUGCAGAUGCUUUGGCCACGCUAGCUGCUAUGACUACCAUUGAUCUCAAAUACAAGGUACAACUUGUACAUAUUGAUAUUAGAAAUGACCCAGCUCAUUGUUGCUUAGUUGAAGGAGAAAUAGACGGAAAGCCUUGGUAUUACGAUAUCAAAAAUCUUAUGCAGAAUCAUGAAUAUCCGGUGGGAGCUUCUAAAACAGAUAAGAAAACCUUGAGAAGGUUGGCCAUAGACUUCUAUUUAGAUGGAGAGAUUUUAUACAAAAGAUCAUUUGAUGGAACCCUGCUAAGGUGUUUGAAUGAGACAACUGCUAGAAAGGCAUUUGAUAAGGUCAAUACGCCGCCAGCGUCUCUAUUUAAUCUAAUAUCUCCCUGGCCAUUUGCAAUGUGGGGAAUUGAUGUGAUCGGUCCUAUUAACCCAAAAGCUAGCAAUGGGCAUAGAUUCAUCCUGGUGGCUAUUGACUACUUCACAAAAUGGGUGGAAUCUAAUUCGUAUGCCCACGUAACACAGAAGGUAGUGAAGAGGUUUGUAGAAAAGGACUUGAUUUGUCGAUAUGGUUCUUCAGAAAAGAUAGUGACCGAUAAUGCACAUAAUUUCAAUGGUAAAAUUAUAGUGGAGUUGUGUACCAAGUGGAAGAUCAAGCAUUCAAAUUCCUCGCCAUACCGGCCAAAAAUGAAUGGAGCAGUAGAAGCCGCCAACAAGGACAUCAAGAAGAUUAUUCAGAAAAUGGUAGUCACGUAUAGAGAUUGGCAUGAGAUGUUGCUAUUUGCUCUCUAUGUAUACCGUACUACAAUUCGAACCUCGACAGGGAUUACCCCAUAUUCUCUGGUGUACGGUAUGGAAGCAGUGAUGCCCUUAGAAGUAGAAAUUCCAUUGUUAAGAGUGUUGAUGGAUUCCGAACUAGAGGAGGCUGAGUGGGCCAAAGUGACAUAUGAACAACUGAACUUGAUCAGCGAAAAGAGGAUAGCUGCAAUAUGCCAUCAUCAACUUUACCAGAAAUGCAUGACCAAGACAUACGAUAAAAAGGUUAGACCACGGGUGUUUCAAGAAGGGGAUCUUGUGUUGAAGAAAAUAUUGUCGUUACCCGGAGAAGACCGAAGCAAAUAG